UUUGAAAAUCAUUACUCAAUGAUAUUUUUCCAUUUUUUAUAUAAUUUGUGUCUUGUCUAAUUUAUUAUAACCUGUAAUUAAAAUAUAGAAAACAUAGAUUGUGAGCAAAAUUCCUAUUAAGAAGAUAUUUAUUCAAAUAAUUUUCAUGUUUUGCAUCAAGAUCUAUAAAAUAACAAAAAAUCUCUUAUGUCUACCUUUUGACGUUCAAGUAAAAACUAAUUGAAAACAAAAACGUGAACAAUUAAAAGGAUCGUCUAUGAUUUAAAGGGAAAACGUUUUCGUAUCUGACUUCUUAUAUUUCGAGGAGGAUGGUCCGCAAAAGAUGUCAUAGGAGAAAGAAAGUGCUAUUUAAACAUUAAGUAAUGGAUUUGGCCCCAUGUGUGGAUGAAAAUGACACUCCUUUUCUAAUUGAUAGUGGAACAGAAAGUAUAACAGAGAGCCCCUUGGCUGAGGAAACAGAACAUUCCGAUGACUCCACUGUGUGUGACCUUAAAAUUGAUACCUCAAAUACUAAAACCAAAGUAAAGUUAUCGACCUCUCUCCUAGACAAAUCAUUUUCCAUAGACGAAGAUGAAUUAGGUACACCCCUGGAACCGACACCUAUUUCUAAAUUCAUUGGUUCAUCCCUAUCCCUAAACAGCGUCACACCUGAAGAAACAACAUCCGAAGAAGACGAUGGUAUUGAAGAUAUUAAUCAUAUCGAUCUGGAUAAGCAUUGCAAGGAAACAGAACAGGAAGCGGUUCUUGAAGAUAACGUAAAUAUUUUGGAGGACUCAUUCAAAAGGAAGGUUGAUUUAAACGAUAAAGAAGAUGAUAGUUCUGCAGAGCUAAUAACCUUUUUCGAAACUGUUGAAGACGAAAAUGAAACAGAUAAUUCAGAUAGGGAAGAAUUCAGCUUACCUGACACUCCCCGGGCGUCAAUUUUACGGAAAUCUUCCUGUUUUGAAUCAACGCCUAAACAUCGUGUGUUUUUCCCAAAAGAUGAUUCGGUUUUGGUAAGUUGCAGAGAGCCAGAAAAUUCCUAUCCAUGGACGAUCAACGACUAUCUAGCACCCGAGGAAAUCCUUCAAAUUUACCAGGAUUCCUGUAAAAGGCACAACACUAUCGAACUAGACGCUGUCAAAUCUCAAAUACUAGAAAUCAAAAAUAACAUGAAUCAUUCUGCCACUUUUAAAUUAAACUGCAUUAAAAUCACUUUUGACGUGAACGAAACGUUAGAGGAUAUAUUAAAAGUUACCAACUUUCACACCUUAAUUUUACAAGAGUGCCAAUUCACACCUGAGACCAUGACAGAAUUCCUGAAUAUGCUAGAGUAUUACAAAUCGGCUUGCCAUAUUGAAGUAGCGAUGAAUUUUGACGACGACGACACAUGGAAGUGUUUUUGUUGUGCUUGUAGCAACAUAAUGGUGUUAGAAUCUCUGUCUUUCAAGGGCAUGGAUAUAACUGAACCUUAUACAAGGCAGCUUAUCAAUGUGAUUAAGAAUAAUUCCAACAUCACUACGCUUAAAUUUGAUGGGUGUAUGCUAGUCAAGCUUCCCACGUUCUAUUUAAUUGAAGCACUUAUGACAAAUUCUACUAUAAGAGAACUCUAUCUUCCUUCCACGGGUUUGUAUACUAAAGAAGCCGAUGCUUUGCAAAGAUUUCUUGUAAAUAAUACACAUUUAAAAGUUUUGGAUAUUAGUAAUAAUAGUUUAGGCGAUAGAGGACUGGAGACGUUGGCGAAAGGAUUGUGUAAUCAGAAAAUCGCCGGAAUUGGAUUGUCAGUGCUUGUUAUAUUCAAUAAUCAAAUCACUGAAAAAAGUGGGCCUGUUAUAAAAAAUAUAAUCAUUGAAUGUAGUAAUCUUCAUACCUUAAAUAUCGGAUUUAACAAUUUAACUGACGAUGUAUUAGAUUAUAUCAGUGAAGGGUUACCUCUAACAAAAUCUUUGGAGGGCUUAGGCUUACAGUGCACCCUUCUAACGUGCAAGGGUAUCUUAUCACUUUCCAAAGCUAUUCCCGAAAAUACUUCUCUGCAAAAAAUCAAUCUUAAAGGGAAUAAAGCAAUUCAAAUAAAAGGCGUGGAAGCUCUUUGUGACGCUCUAACAAAGUCCAAGAUAACAAAAAUCGAAAUCGACGAAAAUAACCGCUCUUGCAAUGAUCCUGAAGCCUAUUCGCAGCUGAUUAAAAAACUGAACGGUUUGUGCACCGUGAAUAAAAAUAUUGCCGAAGAUAGUAGCGAGGACGAAGAAAUUUUAAACAUCUCGCAAAAAGCAUCUCGGAAAGUGUCUUUGAGUUGUGAACCGAAAUAUGGCGGUCCUGACAAGACUUUCCAGAUUGGAUCUCCUUUCCCGUCUCCUGCUUCGAGUCCAUCACCAAGAAGCCGUUUCCAGAUAGUCAAGGUUCCAGAAAAUCGAAAGGUGGAACCUCCGACUCCUAUCAGAAGUUCCAAAUCCAGGUUUAGAGUAAGUAAGGUGCUAAUAAGUCCGGAAGACGACAUCAUUGUAGGGCGCUUUGCAAAUAUACGAAGCAGCGUUUCAUCCAACGACAGCAGUGUCGAUUCUUUAACAACUAUCCAUUUCGAUAGCGAUAGUGAGUGAGUAAACAAAUUUUGUCGCUCUUUAUCGGUAAAACAUUUCCCAGUCCUUCUUUUUAUCUUUCAAAGCGUUUACAUGUAUUUUUUUAUGCUUGUAUAUAUAUAGAGGAGGGCUUGAAUAGAUUUGGAAGGGGGGGGGGGUCAUUUUAUGGACUUCAAUUUAUUCUACGUUAUUUAUUAAAUAUUCUUUAACAAAAAAUACUUGUUGUACCUUAUAUAAAUACGUUUGUGUAUAUUUAGAAAAGCAAUUACACAGAGUAUUUAAGUACGUAGUCAAACUUCAGAAGGUGAUUCUUUGAAAUUUGGCCACAUACUUCAAUAACACCCUGUGAAGUGACUAAAAGCUAUAUAUAUAUAUAUAUAUAUAUAUAUAUAUAUAUAUAUAUAUAUAUAUAUAUAUAUAUAUAUAUAUAUAUAUAUAUAUAUAUAUAUAUAUAUAUAUAUAUAUAUAUAUCGAUUUUCUGUAUUUAGUUGUUGGAGAAUAAUAUAUAUAGCCGAAUAUACAUUAGACAACAAUACAUCUGCAGUGUGAAUCCGACUUCAUUCAUACGUGUGUUAACAGUAGUAAAUAAAUGUCUUUGGGGUUUUAUAUGUUAUAAUAUUAUCGCAGUGAAAUAGUUUCUUAGACAUAUGUAUAAACAGUUCAUGCUUUUUAUAGAGAGGGAUAAUAAUUGCAUUUAGCUUUAACAAAACAUUCUAGUUUUAAGCUCAGACGUACGUUAUUUUUUUAAUUGACGGAAUAUAAUUUUGCCAUGAUAUAACGAUUAUAAAUAGAUAAAGUACUUCAUAAAAAACCCUUAGACUAACGGCCGCCAUCUUCGAUGUGGUUGAAAAACGAAUCGGUUCAAUGACAUGCUUUAUUUAACGAUGCACUAUGUGUGCUUAUGUAAAAAGAUUUACUAUAUAAAAAUAUAUUUAUGAAAAAUUCUAGCAAGGUAUUACAGAAAAUAGUGUUAUGCGUAUAAACUUCAAUAUAUAUUUGUACAUUGAAUAAAACUUUGUAAAUAUAUCAUACAGUUUUAUAAUAUUUUGCGUUGUUAAAGUUCUUUGCUCUUUUAUUUAUUUUUAUCGAGAAAAAGAUAAGAAAAUAGGAUAUAUUUUGAGGGUCAUGUACUAUUUAUAAAAUCAAGAAGCACGGAGUAGUUAAAUUUAUUCGACGUGGAAAAAUCAAGUACAAUUUACAACUGUUAUAUAUCUAUAUAUUUUGAAUAGAGAAUUUGUAUAUUUUGGGUUUAUAGGAAGGGGAUGCCUGUUUUAAGGAUGCAAUGAUUAAUUACGAUUAUUUCUACAGGAAUUAUCAAUUUUUUGUUUGUGUAAGUAACGUGUAUUAUAACUUAAGCUAGAGUGGCAGCUGUUAUGGGUCUUUUAAAAGGCAAUUACAUGUCUGUAUAGAUUUGGUAUUUUGUUAGUUCUGUGAUACAUCUUAACUGAUGGUUUUUUCCUUAAGAUUUUUUUCCAAGUACAACAAUAUUUGUGAUGUUCCAAACAACAGAUUUCUCACAAAACCUCACUUACGAUAAGUUGUAUUACUAUUUUAAGUAUGUUAUUUCUUAAGUGGGUUUUAAGUUUAAGUUUGUUACAUACAGCUCUUAAAAAACCUAGACAAUAAGAUUUAUGAGAAGUUUAUUAUUUAGAAUAUUUUAGUUAUUUUUAAUACAUACAAUAUAUAACCAAUAGAUAAUUUUUUAUAAACCACAGAAAAAGUAAAUUUAUUGGUUUUGUUGAACCAGUGAAAAAAGGACGCUUUACUUUUAAGUAUCAGAAAAUGUUUUAAUUUUAUUUAGUGAUAUUUUGUGUGGUGUCUGAGAAGGCAAAUCGGUUACUUAGGGUUAAUGUACAUAAUUUUUUACUUAUGAAUGAAUAUCUCGUUUUUAUAUAAGCAAACUGUCAAGUUUUUUCUAAACACAGAUCGCGGCAACAUGAAACAUGUCCUGUAAAUUGUAUAAUGGUAUAAAUAAGUACAUAUAAUACAAACUAGUGUUAAUAAUUAAAUCUAUUUUUAUAUUAAUGUUGACAGGUAAUACUGGGGUUAAUGUUAGAUUUUAAGUAGCGUACAUAUUAGUGAUUUUUGGUACAAACUUAAUUGUAUUUUUUCCAUGGA